UUGCAUAAACACAGACAGGUUUCUGAGUAAACCGCAUCCUCCGCAGCGGUGAUCUGCGCGUGCUGAAUGAGUGCUUGUUUGACACCUGUCAAUCAUUAGGGUCACGUGUGCAGUGCCACAUAAGCGCUCCGGGGUUCGGUCCCGCUUCCGGUGCUUUGAGCGGCUCCGGUUCCGCUUGUGUUCUUCUGGACGCUGCUCGGAUCCGGUUCCGAGUCGUGGGAAGGUUCCGAGUGUGUACGAGAGAUGAAUGCGGAUUCACCUGUUCAGGUGCGCGUGUGCUGACGCCGCGUGACGCUCCGGUUGCGUCGCCGCUGCUGGGAACGGGCGUGUACGUCAAACCGAGCAAUUGUGACUGUCUGAGGAGGAGGAUGGCGAGGAAGAGCGGUUAUAAAGAUGUGUCAGGAGUGGUGUUCGACACGCACUCAAAAAUGGUCAUGUCUCAAGGAGGAUCGUUCGAGAAUAUGAAGGAAAAGAUAAACGCCGUGCGAGCUGUGGUUCCCAACAAGAGCAAUAAUGAGAUCACUCUGGUGCUGCAGCACUUCGAGAACAGCGUGGAUCGAGCGGUGCAGGCGUUUGUGGAAGGCGGGGCUGUGGAGAUCCUGAAGGAGUGGAGUGUCACUGGGAAAAAGAAGCCAAAGAAGAAAAAGAAGCCCAAAGCCCAAAGCGACGCUCCUGCAGACGUGACCCCUGCAGACGUGACCCCAGACGUGACCCCAGACACUGAGGGUCAGGAAGCAGUUAAUGGUUUCCAUGCCAACGGUUCGGAGGCGGCGGAUGCUGAAUCUCUGGAUUCUCUGAGCGAGCAGCUGGACUCCGUCUCUCUGGACGCUGUGGAGCUCGACUCGGAGAGUGCUGUCCCUGAGGCUUCGGAGGCCACAGCCGCAGUUGGAGGUGUGCUGCCCACUUCAAGCCCCGCCCCUCAGCCCAGCACCAAUCACGGAGCACGACAGAACCAUCACAGAACCAGUAACAAAUCUCAAACCAGGCCUGUGUCCAGCUCCCACAAUCCCUCUGUGCCCACUCCGUCCGACGACACGCAGCGAGGUCCUGCCGGCAAAAAGAUCGGGCCAAAUGUGGAUCGAUCUGUGAAGGACCUGCAGCGAUGUGCGGCGUCACUGUCACGCUACAGAGUCUUGGUGAAAGACGAGAUGGACUCCUCCAUCAAGAGCAUGAAGCAGACGUUUGCUGAGCUGCAGAGCUG